ACCUCGUAUGUAGUUCGUUACUGUGCAACAGGGUUCAGUUGUGGUCACAGCCUUUGCAACGCAUGCUUUUGCUGUCAUGGUCUCCGCAAGUUGGCCUGGAGUUUCAUUGUCGAGAAAUGCCAAUGUGUCAAGCUGUCGUGAACAGCUACCGGCGGGUGAAGCCACCGACAGCGGCUGCACACGUGCUCAUUCUCUCUGGGGCACCAAGUGAUAACACAGAUAGUAUACUUGAAGGACUACGCAGCCGUCUCUUUGGCCCACUAGAGGACUACUUCGACCUGGUAGUAUCAAGCUCAACAGGUUAAAGUGAUUAAAGGAGAUCCAAACCACGAUGGCAAAGAUUGGAU